AUGGUCGGGCAUGCGGAGCCGACGUCGGAGAAAGACGUGAUGGGGAAGCGCGUGCUAGAAAUCCUCUCACUGGUAGGUCUUCCGGACAAGACCCAAUUCUGCGGGAAACUGGGCAUGGGACAGGUGGCGAAGAUCGCGCACAACUAUGUCUCGUUGUGCAAUAACCUAGUCGCCACCGAAGGCAUGGCGUUGGGGCUGAAGUAUGGGAUUGAUAAGCAUGUCCUCUGGAAAUGCAUGACGGAUGGCACGGCGAAUUCGUGGGUCAUGCAUCUGGAACAGCCGGUUCCGGGCCUGGUCAGUGAGGCGCCGUCUAGCAAUGGAUAUCGCCGAGCGUUCACCGCGGCCCUGGGCCUGAAGGAUCUUGGGAUUGGUGUGAAUUCGGCUAGAAGGGUGGGACUUGAUCCUACUGCUGGAGAAACUGCUAUUCGGGCUUUGCAGAGGGUUGAGGCUGAUCCACGCACGAGGGACCUGGAUCAUACCUCUCUUUGGCUUCAUAUUAACGACAUUGUAGAUGACUUUGUCAAGUCUGGAAUAUCAAGUCAACUCUAA